AUGUUUAUGAAAAGUUUGAGUGGUUUUGUAAUUAUUUCAAUCUUUGCUGCGACAGAAUGUAAACCUUCAACUCUUGACGUUGGGAAUAAUUGUGUCGCACUUUAUCUGAAAGAUCAAAAGAAACUUGAAGAAGAUUUUCCGACAUCUGUUGACAUUGAUGCAUCAAAAUGUCGACUUGUCAUGCCAAUCAUUAUAAAAGCUUUCGAAGCUGCUCUGUGUUCCAAAUUAUUAGAUCACAAAUCAGUCAAAGCUGAUUGCGUGGUUGAUAAACUUAAAAGUGAAGGUGCUUUGGAGUACAUGUUAAUGCAGGAAGUUAUUUUAAUGACAAAAGGAUUGGAAGAAGAUGACAUGAAGAUGAGAAUUGAGGAUAUUAAAGAAAAGUUGAGAAAUAUUUUUGAGGAUGCUGCGAAAGUUUGUGAAAGUGAUCCAACUUAUGCUGGACUUUUUGAUGAUAUUCUUGAAAUUAAAAACGAAUCUUUAUCAGUUUUAAGACAAAAUUAUUGCUUCACUAAGUUUGUCAUAGAAAGUAAAUUGAUCGAUGUCGAUAAUAUUGAAAUUAAUCCUAAGAAAAUUGCAACAUCAAACAUCGAUUGUCAAACAUUGAUUAAGAAUAAUAGAAUAGAAAGGGAAAAGAAGCUUUUAGACACUUUGAAAACAAGAAAUUUAUCAAAAGAUCAAACUCAAUGUAUCAUAGAUAAGUUUCAGAUUGAGCGAGCUUUUGAUUCGAAUCUCGCCCUUGAAGUUCUCGAUCAACUUGACAUCACACUUGAAGAGAAACGAAUAAAUCGUGAAAAAAUUGCGAAGCAACUCGAAAAUUUCAUAAAAGCAGUCUUCAUGUGUGCUGGACGAGUAUCAGGAAACCAUAAGGCUAAGAAUAGCAGUGAACCUAUCUCCAUAAUGCAUUUUUGA